AUGCCAAGAAAUCAAAUCUUGAGAGAAUAUCAUGAAAUUCUUUCAGCAUCUCCUAACCCUAAAUCGAGGCCGACCACACCAAGCCCUAGCAGUCGGAAGCUCAAGUCGAGCAAGGAGAAUGCGCCUCCAUCGCCAGCGUCAGAUACAAACUCCAUGGCAUCAUCUCCCGCUGCCAAGAAGAGUUCUCUCCCCCCUCGGCCGCCACUCAAGCGCAAGCUCAGCGUCGAGCCCGUGUCGUCCGAAAAUUGUGGGCCAACUGCAAAUUCUCUAGAUUCUGGAGUGCAGGUGAUAGUGCGUGUGAGACCUCCAAACAAGGAAGAAGAUGGUGGAAAUGCAGUUCAGAAAAUUACGAAAGAUUCCUUAACAAUAUCAGGGCAAACCUUUACGUUUGACUCUAUUUCUGACAUUCACUCGAAACAGAUUGAUAUAUUCGAACUCGUCGGUGCACCACUAGUUGAAAAUUGUCUUGCUGGGUUCAACAGCUCUGUCUUUGCAUAUGGGCAGACUGGUAGCGGGAAGACAUACACCAUCUGGGGCGUAUCCAAUGACCUGUUGGAGGAAGAACAUCAAGGCCUAGCACCACGGGUAUUCUGCAGGCUAUUUGCACGGAUUGCUGAGGAGCAAACCAAACAAGCUGAUAGACAGCUGGUGUAUAUGUGCCGUUGUUCUUUCCUUGAGAUAUACAAUGAACAAAUAACUGAUUUGUUGGAUCCAAGUCAAAAGAAUCUCCAGAUAAGAGAAGAUGCCAAAACUGGUGUUUAUGUAGAAAAUCUAAGAGAGGAGUGUGUAACCUCAAUGAAGGAUGUGUCACAGCUUCUGAUAAAGGGGUUGUCAAACAGAAAAACCAGUGCCACAUGUGUGAAUGCUGAAAGCUCCCGUUCCCACAGUGUUUUCACAUGUGUGGUUGAAUCACGUGGCAAGAGUGCAGCCGAUGGUUUAAGCCGCUUAAAAAUGAGCAGGAUCAAUUUUGUUGACCUUGCUGGAUCUGAGAGACAAAAGCAAACAGGUGCAGCUGGAGAACGCUUAAAGGAAGCAGGGAAUAUUAACCGCUCACUUUCACAGCUAGGCAAUAGAACAAUAGAAGAAAUGGUGUCAAUUCAAAAGCACCACACAAGAGCAUGUUUUUUGUGUUCGCGUGAGUUUUCUUUUGUGUCUUGUGUUUUGGCCGUGAUCUCGCCAACAAUCGGGUGUUGUCUCUCCGGCGAGUUUGUAACAUGUGGCAUCAAAGUUACUCGUACUUGUGACCAGAGUGAGAAGAAGAACGUUGAAGGCUCCUCAAAGGAUGACGUUGUGAUCGAGGGAGUGAUUCGUGAUGUGAGCGGCAGGAGUAGUUAG